ACACUUGGGUCAUAAAAACAAAGGGCAGGCCAUGGAAAUUGUCAAAGACACAGUGUUGAUUUGACUUGACUUUGUUUUUCUGGCUGUCACAGUUGGAUAGAGGCAGACUGCUUGCUUUUGUGAGCGUGGACUUAGGGGAGAAUGUAAGGACCAAAGUAUCAACCGUUUGAAAUGGCAACAGAUCAUGUUUUUAAAGUUUUUCUCAUAUUGGGAGUGGUGUUGCCAUACAGUUCAUGGUGUCUUCCAACAGUUACUAAUGUGAACUGCCAGAAGGAAUCAGAGAUAUCGCUCGGGAAUAUCGAUGAAGGCUACACAGGUGAGGUGGACAUCCUGCGGGGGAUUCCCAGCGGUGAGAGCCUGGUGUUGGAGGCUCAUCUUUUUCCCGGAGUCACGUUUCUGAAGUUCAACUAUACCGCUGGGGACUCGUCCGCCAUUAUCAGCACAAGCAAGCCACUGGAUGCUGAUACUGUGGGGGUUGGUGGAUUGUUAUACUAUGCUGUGAAAUGCUCUGGGACUGGGCUGAAGAACAUUCGCUUACUGACUAUCUUGGACAGGAAUGAUAAUCCACCAAUCUUUCAGCAAUCAGAGUAUAGUGCAACAAUCUCUGAGACACUGGGUGUGGGCUCCUCAGUGGUGAAAGUACUGGCAGUGGAUGCUGAUGCCACUGAUGCCAACAACAGAGUGACCUACUCCAUCCAGGCUCCAGAACCAAGUGUGUUUGAGAUAAGGGUCGAUGGACUGGUUCAGGUGAAGGAACGCCUAAACUACAACACAGGCAGUCGCUACACAUUCACAGUGGAAGCACAAGACCCUGGAGGCCUCUCGGACACUGCGACUGUGACAAUUGAGGUGACAGACUUUGACAACAUGAACCCUUAUUUUGAUCACAGUCUCUAUGAGGCCACCAUACCAGAAAAUCAGAGAGGGCCUCUGCCUUCAGUCCUACCAGCGGCUAUAAAGGCCCAAGAUGGCGAUACGGGCAUCAACCAGACGGUGACAUACAGCAUCACAGCAGUGUCCCCAAUCAAGUACCAGGAUUCCUUUACCAUUGCUGCGAAUAUUGGAAUUGUAAGUGUGACAACCCCACUGGAUCGAGAAGAAAUAGCCUCUGUGACUGUGCAGAUAAAGGCAGUACAGCAGGAUGACAGCUUUAAGACGGCCAACGCCAUGGUGGUAGUUAGCAUUGAGGACAUCAAUGACAACCCCCCGAAGUUUGACAAGGCCGACUACUCCGUUGCGGUUCUGGAAAAUUCUCCGGGGGGCUCCUUCGUUCUCCAACCCAAAGUCACAGAUGAAGACCUGGGAGGAUUCAUUGGAACAAUCCGGCUCAUUCCAGACACCGUGCCCUUUUCAGUUAGCCAAGAUGGCACCAUAACGGUUAAGACGUCGGUUGGUCUGGAUAGGGAGACUGCCCCCAGCUUCCAAUUUCAGGUCGAAGCCAGAGAAGACGCUGCUCCCAAUAACAUAGUGACAGCUAGUGUUAACAUCAGCCUUCUGGACGUGAACGACAACAGUCCCCAGUUUGGGAGCGCCCAGUACGAGGGCAAAGUCUUCAUCAAUCAGACUCAAGGAAUGCUGGUUGUCAAGGUUGAGGCAUCAGACCCAGACGAGGGUGUGAACGGACAGGUGACUUACUCCAUUGACGGUGGCAACCAGGAUGGUUACUUCGCAAUCAGUGCAGACACCGGGGAGGUCACCCUGGCAAAAGUCAUCCCACUGGAGGAAAACAGAUUCCUGCGGUUCUCCCUAUAUGUGACAGCCAAAGAUGGUGGCGACAUUUCCCGAGCAUCCUCAGUGGUGGUGGACAUCCUGGCUCAGGACCCCAGGCCCCACUUCCUCCAGCGCACCUAUCAGGCGAGAGUGGAAGAAGAGAGGGAUGCUCCAAUGCAGAUCCUUAAAGUAGCAUUCCUGUCUGUUGCUCCUGUCUUCCCAGUGGUGCUUCAGGUGGAAACUGAGGCUGACAAGUUCUCCAUAGACAACAAUGGGGUGCUGUCCACCACGGCCAAACUGGACUACGAGACCAAGGCGAACUAUAGUGUCCAGCUGUCUCUGUCAGACGGCACCAAUCGUGACGAGGCGGUUGUGGCGGUUGAGGUGCUGGACAUCAACGACAACAGCCCCGUGUUUGCGGUCAACCCCAUCACCAUCAGUAUAUCAGAGGAUGCAGAGGAUGGGGAGAAUGUCACCGUGGUGACAGCCUCCGAUGUGGAUGUGGGGUACAAUGGUGAGGUUCGCUACAGCCUGCAGGGUAGUGAGGGAAGGUUCAGCGUGAACCCUGAGUCAGGACUGAUCUAUGUGGCCACGCCCCUUGACAGAGAAGAGCAGGAUGAGAUCAACCUCGAGGUCAUCGCAAUGGACCAAGGUCGGCCCGCUCGCUCGGCAACUGCAACCGUGGUCGUCACAGUAACCGAUGUCAACGAUAACAAACCGGUCUUCUCCAUGGCGCAGUACUACAUCACUGUCUCAGAGGUCGACGAGCCCGGCUUGCUACUGGCCAACCUGACGGCGACAGACAAGGACGAAGGGAUGAACGCUGACGUCUCGUACCACAUCGCCAAGCAGGACCCAGCCACGACACCCACGACGUUCAAGCUGGACGUCGCCACCGGAGGGCUCACGCUGGAAGAGAAGCUGGAUUACGGCGUCGCCAAGCGGUACAUCCUGACAGUGGAGGCAGUGGACAGAGGCAUGCCGGCCCGGACAGGGAACACCAUGGUGACGGUGCAGGUGAAGGACGUGAAUAAUAACCCGCCAGAGUUUAGCCAGGAGCGCUACGACGUGGCCGUGCCAGAAAACUUGGCCGGAGAGGCGGUGCUGGUGUCCCUGGAGGUCACGGACAAGGAUACGGAUGGCUUCUCUAAUGGACAUUUCAUCAUGACCAGUGAUAUUUUCAACAUCAAUAAAAUGGGCGCUAUCUCCCUCAAUAGCAAUGCCACUUUGGACAGAGAGAAGCAGGACAUCUACACUUUUCAGAUUGUGGCAGUGGACCAGCCGUCGGACGGCCUGAGUGCGACUGCUCAAGUUAACAUCACCAUCAUGGACAUCAACGACAACAACCCCGAAUUCCUCCCAUUCCCCUCACCAAUCGCCAUUGUCGAGGGGAAGUACACAGCGGUAGCCCCGGGGGUGAUGUGCCAGAUCCGGGCCGAGGACAAGGACGCAGGGGAGAACGGCCGUGUGACCAUUUCCACGUCAUCCUACAGCGAGACCUUCACUUUCAAGGAGGAUGGGACUCUAGUGGCUCUGGCUGAACUGAACAGAGAAAUACAGGACUCGUACGACCUGGUCAUCAUCGCCACUGACCAUGGCAAACCCCAGAGACAGUUCUGA